GAGCAUUAUUUAAUUUUCAUAUUUUUUUUUGUACAAUAGAGGGGUAAAGACCAAGAAAUAAAAAAGCUACAUAAAAAAUAUACAGAAUGCCAACUUUUUUAUUGUGAUCAAAACUUUGGUCUCAAUAAAUCUUCUAUAUAAAGGGAAUGUGUAUUUCCAACUUAUAAGUAGGAACAAAUAAUAUUAGAGAGCAAAUUAGCAUGGCUUUAAGUGGAAAAGUGGAGAGUGAAGUAGAGAUUGAAGCACCUGCUGCUAAAUUCUAUAAUGUUUUCAGAAAGCAACUUGAACAUCUUCCUAAUAUAACAACACACAUACAUGAUGCUAAAGUGCAUGAAGGUGACUGGGAAAAUGUUGGUUCUGUCAAACACUGGGAAUUUACAAUAGAUGGAAAAAAAGUAAGUGCUAAAGCAAAAAUUGAGAGUAUAGAUGAUGAGAAUAAGGUAAUCACAUAUAGCAUAUUUGAUGGGGAAUUUAGUGAGAAAUACAAGAGUUUGAAGUCAAUAAUACAAGUGAUUGAUAAGGAACAUGGUGGUGGAAUUGUAAAAUGGACUUAUGAAUAUGAGAAGCUAAAGGAGGAUAUUACUGGUUUAUCUCCUGAAUUAAUCUUGGACUUUGCUAUAAAGAUCACAAAAGAUAUUGAUGCUCAUCUUGUCAAGGAAUAGUAACAAAGAUGAACAAAGGUGAAGAUGAAAGUGUGUUUUGCUAGAGUGUUUUUUUUUUGAAGGAUUGCAAGAGUGUUAUUGCUUAUCAAAUAAAUUUAUAUUGUAAUGAAAUAUGUUUGAUGUGUAUAAAUGGUUAAUGAAUGUGUGUAAAAUGUUUGAUUUAAAUAAAAGAUUAACGUGUUGUUUAAGGUAA